AUGAGAAGAACGACAGAAACUAGAUAGAUAAGUUUAUUUGAUUCAAUUCUAUCAGGACAAUCUCAAAAAGAAGAUGAGGAAAAAUAAAUGAAAUAUAGUGUGAAAAAUCAAAAUUAAUAGGGUGUUUAAAAUACGAAAUCAUUGCACAAUUUAGUAAUUUAUAUAUCAAAAUGUUAGAAUGAUAUUUUUUACUCAAAUUUAAUAGAUUAUAAAGAUUUUAAACAAUCUUUGAGAUACAAUAACAAAAAUUUAAGAAAAAUAGCUUUAGAAAAUAUUAAAAAUCCUCAUCCAAAAAUUAUUAAAAACUUAGUGAAAUUUGAUUUGAGUGGUUUAGUAGAAUUAAAAUUGGUUAGUAUUGAUAUCCCAGAUUCUAAAUUUGAAUUAUUAUAAAAAAAGGGAGGUCUAUCAGCAUGUUUUAAGAAACUCUCGAUUUUGACUUUAAAUUGUUAAUCAAUGACAUCUUGUUCUUUAGAAUAUUUAUUUCAAGGAGACUAAAUAAUUAAGUAUUUAGAUUUAAGUCAUACUAAAAUUGAUAAUUAGGGUAUUUAUUAUUUAUCUAAAAUAAAAUGGCCAUUAUUAGAAACAUUUGUUAUUUAAUGGUGUAAUAAAAUAAAUAAUUUGGAUGAAAUGGGAUUGAAUGCUUAAAAUUUUCCAAAUCUUAGAAUACUAGAUAGCAGAUUUAUAUAAACAAAUAAUGAAGGGUAUAGCAAAUUGAUAAAUUCUUAACUCAGUAUAACAUUAAAUAAUCUACGUUUAUAUGGAACUAAUGUAGAUUUAGAUAAUACAAAAUGGAAAUAAAGUUAUUUAUUAAACCUUUUUUUGGAGUAGAUAAGAGGGUUGAAUACAUAGGAAUUUGUUAUUCAGAAUAAUCCAACUUGUGAUAGGACGACAAAUGAUUAUAAAUAAAUGAGAAUAAUAACAAGUAUUUUAAAUAAAUAUUUUUAGAGAUUUAUAAAGAAAAGGAAUAACUAAUUUGUAUAAAUCUUUCUUGGAAAAUUAAUCCUUAAAUUGUUUAAUUACAAUUUAUAGAGACAGUAGAUAGUGAAGAUAAAAAAUUUAUUAAUUUUGGUAAAUUGUUUGACUUUUUGUCAAAAGAAUGGUAGCUAAGGAAAUCAUUAAAAAAAAUGAUUAUAAAUUUUGAUAGAAUUCAAUGUGAUGAACCUAAUUUGGACAUAUUAUUAAAAACAAUAGUUGAUUUUAAGGAGAUCAAAUAGCUUUAAUUUAUCAUUCAAAAUUAAAUGAUUUUAAAACCAGUUAGUUACUAUUUUUUAUUCAAUUAAAUAAGUGAAUUACAAAAAUUAGUCAAAUUAUAAGUAUUUUCUAUUAUCAAUAUUAGCUAGAUUUAUAAAAUGAUAAAUUAGUGAUAAAUGAUAUUUUAUUGAAUAAAAUAUAUAGAUCAUUUUAAUAGUUAACAAAUUUGAAUAUUUUGGAAUUAAAUAUAAGAAAUAAUAAAAUAGUAAAUGUUUUAGAUAUAUAUACUUUUAAUUAUCAAAUAAUAACAUCAAUAUAUAAUCCUUAUUUAAAUUAUAUUACUUUAUUAGAGACUAAUGAGGAUAAUUUGAAUUAUAAUUAUUAGGAUGUUGUAACAUUAAUAUAUAGUAAUCCAGUAAAAUUUAUAAAUAUCAACAAUUUUUAAAAUUUAAUAUUAUAAGAGGAUGAAUAGAAUUCAAAAGAGUAAUAUUUUGGGAGAAUAACAAAGGAGUAUUAAAAAUAAAAAAGGAAAUUAAUGUAUAGUGGUAUAUUAGCUGGAUGUAAAAGAUUGAAUUAUAAUGGAAGAUUUAGAAAGGAGUUGAUAAAUGA